AUGAAUUAUUAUUCUUUACACAGAAGAUCUGUUCUAGUUGUUCCUCCCUCAGUAACCGUGGGAGCACCUACUCAGCCUGGAGAAAACGUCGUUGUCGACGCAUCUUCUGAAUCUGCAGCACAUGUUGAAGUUGAACACCAUUCGAGCAGUGAUGACGACCCCUUUGCGUAUUCACCUCAUGUAGCUAAGCCGGAGACUAGUCCGUCUUCACAAGAAAUGGGGAAACUCAUAGUGGAUUAUCUCAUAUCUGAAGGUUACAGGGAGGCGGCUGAACUGCUAUGUCAAGAAUCAGGGUUAGAGCUGCCAAAGGAUGACAUCAAAAAUUUGGACGCUCGUAUGAAUAUCAGAUGUGCAAUAAUAGAAGGGCGAUUAGAAGACGCUUUACGUUUGGUCAAGGAACUCUGUCCAACCCUACUUGACGAGAAUCGAGAAGUUCGGUUUCAUCUUAUGCAACAGAAUUUAAUUGAAAUGAUAAGAAGAGGAGAGAUGGAGAAAUCUCUGGAAUACGCUCAAGAAAACCUUUCAAAUGAUAACAUGUUGACGGAUUCUCAGUUGGAGAGAUUGGAGAAGACGUUUGCACUUCUGGCUUUUGAGAAACCCUCGGAGAGCCCUUUCGGAAAAUUGCUAGAUCAGUCUCAGCGACAAAUGGUGUCCACUGAAGUUAACGGCGCUGUUCUCCGGGCACUUAAUCGGCCAGCUGCUCCUCGUUUGGAGGCGCUGUUACGGAUGAUCGUAUGGGCCCAGAAACAGCUCAUAACUGAACGAGAGGAUGACAAGACUUCGGUUCCUCCUUAUCCAAAUACGGGGAGGUAUGGUAUGCCUACUUCUGGUCCUUCCUCUGACACAAACACGAUCGCUAGGACGCUUUUUGGUGGAACUUCGUGCUGA